AUGAAGAAGUCCAGAAAGAUGAAGGAAGAACGGCAGGUAGUUGCACCCGCAACAAGAGGCAGGUGCUCUCGUAGGAACCAGCAGGAAGGCGAGUCCUGUGGUGGUGAGUGGUAUGGGCGAGAUGAAACUAGAAUGGAGUUGACCAAAGAGUAUUUGUAA